UGUCGCUCCUCUUUGGCUCUUUCUCUCUCCUUUCACCCCAAAGUAAAUUGUGGUUAGGGAUACAAGUCAGAUAAUUCAGACAUUCCCGACAAACUCUGAUACUCUGAUCAGUUUUCGUGUCAGUUUGGUUUUACGAAAAGGUAUUCAAUAAUUGCAAGGACGAAAAAUGUCGCGAGGAAAUAGGCAAAGGCGCGUUCAGGAGAUGGAACCACGCAUAAAUUAUGUGCAGUGCGACGGCCUUGUCGUCAUGAAGAUGGUGAAACACUGUCACGAAGAGUCGUCGAGUAACAUGGAAGUGGCACAUGGUGCGCUUCUUGGUCUCAACGUCAACGGACGCCUCGAAAUCACUAACUGCUUUCCUUUCUCCAAAAAUGAUGAUGCCGUCGAUGGAGAGGACUACCAGCUGAGCAUGAUGCGAAGGCUUCGCAUCGUGAACGUUGACCACUUUCAUGUUGGAUGGUACCAAAGUGCAGAUGUUGGCAACUUUUUGAGCUUACCACUCUUGGAAUCGCAAUACAAUUAUCAAACCUUCAUAGAAGAAUCCGUGGUCAUCAUUUAUGACACUGCAAAAUCAGCAAGAGGUUUCCUGACCAUAAAGGCUUACAGAUUGACUCCCCAAGCUAUCCAGAUGUACAAGGACAAAGACUUCACUCCUGAAGCCCUUAAAAAUUUGAAAAUUGGCUACGAAAGUCUAUUUGUGGAGCUGCCAAUUUACAUAAGAAAUAGUGCUCUUACGAACAUUGUCAUGUCAGAGCUCGAGGAAAUGAUACCAGAGGAAGAGGGCACUAAAUAUUUGGAUCUGGGAACUGCAAGUGUUUUGGAGAAUCAACUGAGGUGCAUGAUGGACAGAGUCGACGAGCUCAACCAGGAAGCAAUCAAGUUCAACCGUUACCAGAGCUUAGUGAUGCGCCAACAGCAAGACAAGAAUCGGUUAAAGGCCAAGAGGGAACAAGAGAACAACGUUCGUGCUGCCAAGGGUGAACCACCUCUACCCGAAGAGGACCUUAACAAGCUGAUUCGGCCAAUUCCUGUGCCACUCAGGCUCAACCCAAUGAUCACAGCUGGACAAAUCAACACUUACAGCCAGCACAUAUCACAAUUCUGUGCUCAAAGUUUAGCCAAGUUAUAUAUUACGCAAAGCCUUCAGAACGCCAAGGAAUCAAAGACGUCCCGAUAAUCGAAGUUAGGAUAAAUUUCUUGAUAAUUAUGAUACACAACUCUUGCCACCUCAAAUCACAUUAAAGAUUAAAUAUAUUGUUCGCUGAUGAUGCCGAAUAAAAAUUUAUGUUCUUAAUGUGGAGGUGACAAAGCCGUGUCAUAACUAUCUGUUUUUUGUAACUGAAAGAAAAGGUGUUUGUUGCUUGUAAACAUUUUUUGCUGGAAAAACAAAGUGUAACACCGUAAGAAGUUCCAUUGUAUACAGAAAUAAAUUGAUUAUGA